AUGAGCGCAUCACAGCCGCUCGUCCACUUGAACCGCCAGCUCUCCGGCGUACAGUACCGCAGACCGACGACGCUCUCGCUGAACCAGCCGAGUCCGUUGGGUGCACCACAGCAACAGCCAGAGACUCGGGCGGGCGACGAGCAGCCGAGCGACGCGGCACCUCCCGUCGCUUCAACCUCGACCGCCCCUCCUCCUCUUCCUCCUGCCUCAACCACUCCCGCUCCAACCGCAAGCAAGCGCAAACUCCGUCCAUCGACAUCCUCACGCGACCCAUCCACACCCAAACGAUCCCGUCCCGCAACCGCCGCUUCCUCAUCGACCCAUGCCCCGCCAACAACUCGUCUCGCAGACCUCGGCGGCGUCGACUCGUGCAUCGAACAGAUGCUCGAACUCGUCGCUCUCCCGCUCAUGCAUCCCGAGGUGUAUCUGCAUACGGGCGUGAGGCCGCCGAGGGGUGUGUUGCUCGUCGGACCGCCAGGGUGCGGAAAGACCAUGUUGGCGGGUGCGAUUGCCGGCGAACUCGGACUCCCGUUCAUCUCGAUCUCGGCGCCUUCGGUCGUCAGCGGCAUGUCAGGCGAAUCCGAAAAGACCCUCCGCGAGACUUUCGAAGAGGCCGCCAAACAAGCCCCGUGCAUCUUGUUCAUCGACGAGAUUGACGCGAUUACGCCCAAGCGCGAGAACGCCCAGCGCGAGAUGGAGAGGAGGAUUGUCGCGCAGCUGCUGACGUGCAUGGAUGACCUCGCCUGGGACAAGAACGACAAUAAGCCCGUCGUCGUCAUCGCCGCCACGAACCGACCCGACUCGCUCGACCCAGCCCUCCGCCGCGCAGGCCGCUUCGACGCCGAAAUCGCCCUCACCGUCCCCUCCGAAUCCGGUCGCGAGCGGAUCCUCCGCGUCUUGAUGAGCAAGUUGAGGUUGAGCGGAGACUUUGAUUACAAGGCCUUGGCGAAGAACACGCCUGGGUAUGUCGGGGCGGAUUUGAGUGCUUUGACGGGCGCGGCGGGCGUGAUUGCUGUCAAGCGGAUUUUCGAGACGUUCGGUGUUGACGGGAUGGCGGGAGAGGAGGGCAUGCCGGUGGAUAUGAAGACGGUUGAAGGGGCGCUUGCGGCGCUCAGUCAGCCGGUGCAGGGGGACGACGAUGCGGAGAUGCAGGUCGAGGUGGACGGUGCGACUGCGCCUGCGUCUACAGCUACGACGCCCGGCGCCUCCACGCCGACAAGCGAGCUCCCCCCUUCUCUCGCCGCUGCGAUCCCCGCCCUUCCCUUCUCGACUCUCCCUCCCUCGCUCGCCUCCCUCCCAAUCGCCUCCUUCCUCCGCUCGCACCCAACCGCCCUCACACCCGCCCAACUCUCCUGCAUCGCACUCACAAACUCAGACUUCACCCGCGCUCUCAGCAUCGUCCAGCCCUCCUCUCAGCGGGAAGGGUUCACCACCGUCCCGGACGUGACUUGGUCCGACCUCGGCGCGCUACACCACAUUCGCGAAGAGAUGCGCAUGUCGAUCGUUCGGCCUAUUCGAAGGCCCGAUGUCUUCAGUCUCCUCGGACUGAACGCACCGUGUGGAGUGUUGCUUUGGGGCCCGCCGGGGUGCGGAAAGACGCUCCUGGCCAAAGCCGUGGCGAACGAGAGUCGCGCGAACUUUAUCAGCGUCAAGGGGCCCGAAUUGCUCAACAAGUACGUCGGCGAGUCGGAGCGCGCGGUCAGGCAGGUCUUUGCGCGUGCGAGGGCGUCCAGCCCGUGCAUCGUCUUCUUUGACGAGCUCGACGCGAUGGUCCCCCGCAGGGACGACAGUCUCUCCGAGUCCACCGCCCGAAUCGUCAAUACCCUCCUUACCGAGCUCGACGGUCUCGAGCCGCGCAAACAAGUCUUCGUCAUUGGCGCCACCAACCGACCCGACAUCCUCGACCCAGCCAUGUGCCGCCCCGGCCGUCUCGACAAGCUCCUCUACGUCGACCUCCCUUCCGCACCCGAACGAGCCGAGAUCCUCCGCGCCGUCACGCGCAAGACCCCACUCGCGCCCGACGUCGAUCUGGACAAGAUCGCCCGGGACGAGAAGAGUGAGGGAUUGAGCGGGGCGGAUUUGAGCGCGUUGGUGAGGGAGGCGGCGGUCUCUGCUCUCCGCGAGCUGUUCGACUCGAUCGACCUCGACGGACCGGCUAUCGAUUCCGCUUUACCUCAAGCGCAGGGACAGGCGGUCGUGCAGAUGAGGCAUUUCGAGGUGGCGCUGAGGAAGGCCAACCCGAGUGUGAGCAGGCAGCAGCGGAGGAGGUUCGAGGCGUUGAGGAAGAAGUUUGCGGGGACGCCAGUUGGGCACAAGGGUGAGCCGGUGGAGCAGGAGCAGGAUGGCGCGGAGGAGGUCAAGGGCGAGGCGCAGGAGCAGUAG